UACAACCACAACCAACAGACUCAGGAGUAUUAACAGUAAAUUAACUCUAUCUCUUGUUGUAGGAUGGCUGUAAAAAAUAUCACCCUGGACUCAGCCGAAAACUUUCCAAACCAGAACAGCUGUGAUGUGUUUGUCUACCAAAGAGCUGCAGUUGUCCUCUUCCCAAUUUUCUACUCUGUGGUUUUCAUCAUCAGUGCAUGUGGCAACAGCUUGGUUCUCUAUGUUAUCUGCCAGAAGAAGCAGAAGUUCAACUCCACUUCAAUCUAUCUGGUCAACCUAGCACUAUCGGAUACCCUGUUCACACUGACGUUGCCUGGCAGAAUUACUUACUACAUCCGCCACUUUGACUGGCCCUUUGGUGACCUUCUCUGCAGACUCACCACACUUCUCUUCUUUGCAAAUACCUAUGCAGGUAUUGGCUUCAUGACCUGUAUCAGUCUGGACAGAUACCUGGCCAUGGUGCAUCCACACCAGCUGCAGUGUUUGCGGAGUGUGAGGGUGGUUCGCAGGGUCUGCUGCUUGGUGUGGGCUCUGGUAUCCCUGCAGACAGCUCCUCUGCUGUUCCGCAGCAUGCUGCAUGAGCACCAGGAAAGACAAACCUGUAUGGAGUACUUCAACUUUGAGGGUUCCCAUUUUACUCCUUAUCUCUUGCUUCUGGCCUGUGCCCUCUCCUUCUGCUGUCCUCUCAUCAUCAUCAUGGGCUGCUACGCCAAGAUCAACCUGAAGCUGCGAGCUGCAGCCAAGCAGAACUCUGUAUCUGGUCGAUCAAGGAGGAAUCAUCAGGUCAACACCAUUAUUCUCCUCAUCCUCCUCACCUUUAUCAUAUGCUUUAGCCCUUACCACCUCAACGUUAUGCAGUUUAUGUCCAGAAAGAUACACCACCAGCCAACCUGCGAGGAAUUGAGAGCCUUUAAGGUGUCCUUACAGAUUACAGUUUCCCUAAUGAACUUCAACUGCUGCUUGGACCCAAUCAUCUACUUCUUUGCCAUUAAGACCUACAAGAAGCAGGUGUUGAGCCUGUUUAAGGACUAUCUGUAUACUUCUGGUGCCUCCUCCAAAAUGACAGCUACGAACAGCAGCAGCAACACCUGAGAGAAACCACAGCUGAGCUUACAGGAUGUAUACCUACAACCAGUGUCACAGAGAAGACCGAGUUUACUCUGUUUAACUUCAAAAUGCCUAUUUUAGUCUCUUGUGCUGAUGCUCUUUUAGAGAUGACAAACACGGAAAAAUCAAAUUAGCUAAUUUCCAUCCCACCCAAAAAAUUCUCUUCACCUUGUUAAAGUGUUGAACACAAAUGUUUGUUUGAGAACAUUGUAUAAAAUUAAUUAUUCCAUAUCUAUUAUAUUUUUCUUUUUACAUGAUAGUGUAUCCUAUUGCUUUUCUUAUUCUUAUUGCCUUUCUUGUUAACAUGUGUGUGCCAUAGAGUAAUAGUAGUGUCAUUCAGCAGUGUCAAAAUUAAUUUUGGUUAAUCAGUGUUUGUGUACUAGAGGGCUCUUUGUUUGAUCAUGUAUGUGUGCAGUCUGAAAGAAAUGUCCUAACCUAGAUAAAUAAGCUAAGGUUUUUUUUAAAAACAACGUAAAGAAUGUUGUGUCAUUACUGCACAACAGUAACGUUCACUUCUUUUGGGUAGAGAAACUUCAUAUGCAUAUCACACAUAUCAAGUCAUGUGGAAAAAUUUUAAUCUAGCAAAGUGUGUAAGUGGCUGCACUAGAUAUGUAAUGUGUACUCUCCAACUAUCUAACUAUCUAAUUUCUUUCCCUAUGGUCUCCACAUUAUUUUGUAUUUUACAGCAUGCAAGAAAUUUGGGUAUUUGCAAAAUGAGAAUAUGUCACACACAGCUCUUUUACACCCACAUCUGAGUUCUGUGUGGGAGUGCAUAGAUAACCAUCACCACUUCCUCACCAACCUUUCCUGCUCCCCCUCACAGGCCUCAUUCCUGCUGGGUCCCAGUGGUGGGGUUGCUGUGUGUGUGUGUGUGUGUGUGUGUGUGUGUGUGUGUGUGUGUGU